UAUGCUUAUUAUUAACUGGUUACUGCAUCCUCUCUCUCUCAGAGGAAGUGGGCGUCACAUUCAGCACCUCAUGUUGAACAUGUAACCAGGAAAGAAACACUCAAAACUCAUCUGAACACACAUCGAGAGCUUCAGAAGAACUGAAUCUACUGACAACAGAGAAGAUCAUUUAUUAAGGGAGAAGAAUGAAGAUCAUCUUGACUUUCACUCUGCUGAUGAUUCCUGGUGUCGUGAUCUCCAUGAGAGUGACGGGAUAUUCAGGAGGAGGAGUCACGAUCACAUGUGGAUAUGAUAAAUAUUAUACAGAAAAUGCAAAGUAUUUUUGUAAAGGACAGUGGUCAACAUGCACAUAUAAAAUCAAGACUAAAGAGAAAAAUAAAUGGGUUCAGGAGAAUAGAUUUUCUCUAUAUGACGACACAACAUCAGCAAUCUUCACUGUGACCAUCAGAGAUCUGAAACAAUGGGUUUCUGGGACGUACUAUUGUGGAACUGAAAGAGUUGGACCAGAUCUCUACACUGAAAGUGGAUCUGAAGGUUAUAACAGCAAAGUGACAGAUAAAUGUGUUUAUAUUGAGAACAAAAUGACACAAUAUCUGGACAUUAAGAAGGAUGAUUGUUGUGUGAAGAACAUCAGUCUAUCAGCUGCUGCAGGAGGAUCUGUGAACAUCAGCUGCAAAUACCCACAAUCCCACAGUAGAGAUGUGAAGUUUCUCUGCUGGAGAUCUGGAGAUGAUCUCUGUGCUGAAGAGACGUCUGUGAAUCAGAGCAGAAGAUGGAGUCCUGAGGGAAAGAUCCGGCUGUAUGAUGACAGAGAAGAGCAGCUCCUGACGGGAAGCAUCAGUCAUGUGACUGAACAACAUUCAGAAUACUGGUGUGGAGUUCAGUCUGAUCAAGGACACAAGAGCUUCAUCACACGAGUCCUGAUCAGAGUUACAGAAUUCUCAGAGACAUCAUCACCACCAUCAUCAUCAUCAUCAUCAUCAUCAUCUGCUUCUUUCUCAUCAGUCCAAUCUUCAGCGUUCACAGGCGUUUCCAGAACUUCUACAUCACUGGCGUCUCUGAACACAUCAUCAGGCUCUUCUCUGAUCGUCCCUCUGGUUCUGGUUCUUCUGGUUCUGAUCAUCGCUGGACUCUCAUUCCUGUUUCUCUGCGGUGAUUCAUCAUCUCAGACUGGACCAGGAGAACAUGAAGUGGUUUUUUACACUGGUUGUGAUUAUGAGGAGAUUAAAGACAAUCACAAACAAUUACCCACAAACCCCUCUGUUUUAUCUAUCUGUGUUUACUCUACAGUUCAGAAAGACACUGGAGACUCUCAGUGCUUCAUCACAUCUGCUGAGGAUCUGAAUUACACUGUGGGGAAUUGUUUGGUGAAUAUCAGGAAUAAUCAGGAUUACAGUGAAUAGAGCAGAGAAUAUAAAUGAGCUGAAUGUUUUUAUCACCACUUCU